CCAUUGCUCUUUCUCUCCCAUUGCUUAAUCCUUAUCUCGAUAGCAACGCCACAUUCGAUCACGGUGCCAACUUUGCAGUAGCCGGAAGUACAGCAUUGGACUAUACUUUCUUCACCACAAAGGGCGUUUAUAAUCCAUCCACUAAUAUUUCCUUGGGCGAUCAGCUUAAUUGGUUUAAAUCCCACCUCAACACCAUCUGCCUUACACCAGCAGAAUGUAAAGAGGUGCUUAGCAAGGCUCUUGUCUUUGUGGGUGAGAUUGGAGGCAAUGACGUUAACCAUCCUCUCAUACAAGGCAAAUCCAUUCAAGAGAUUUACACUUAUCUGCCAUAUACCAUAGAGGCCAUUACUAAUGCUAUUAGAGAAGUGAUACACCUUGGUGCUGUGAAUAUUGUUGUUCCCGGAAAUGUUCCAAUAGGAUGCUUACCGGUUGGCCUGACAGUAGUCUCUGGUGGUAAUGAGACAGCCUAUGACGAUAUGGGAUGCUCAAAAGAAUUAAAUGAGCUAGCAUUGGUUCAGAACAACUAUCUUCAAGAGUCUUUAUCUUUGCUCAGGCAAGAAUUUUCUCACGCUGAUAUAAUUUAUGCUGACUACUACACAGCUUACAAAACAAUUCUUUAUGGUGCAGCUGAUUUCGAAUGUAAAGAGGUGCUUAGCAAGGCUCUUGUCUUUGUGGGUGAGAUUGGAGGCAAUGACGUUAACCAUCCUCUCAUACAAGGCAAAUCCAUUCAAGAGAUUUACACUUAUCUGCCAUAUACCAUAGAGGCCAUUACUAAUGCUAUUAGAGAAGUGAUACACCUUGGUGCUGUGAAUAUUGUUGUUCCCGGAAAUGUUCCAAUAGGAUGCUUACCGGUUGGCCUGACAGUAGUCUCUGGUGGUAAUGAGACAGCCUAUGACGAUAUGGGAUGCUCAAAAGAAUUAAAUGAGCUAGCAUUGGUUCAGAACAACUAUCUUCAAGAGUCUUUAUCUUUGCUCAGGCAAGAAUUUUCUCACGCUGAUAUAAUUUAUGCUGACUACUACACAGCUUACAAAACAAUUCUUUAUGGUGCAGCUGAUUUCGGGUUCGACGAAAAAUCGCUAUUAAAAUCAUGUUGUGGAAUUGGAGGGCUAUAUAACUAUGAUCAUAAUAGAGAAUGUGGGUCUCGCGGUGUGCCUGUUUGUCGUAACCCGACUCAAUACAUAAGCUGGGAUGGAAUACAUUUGACACAGGAGGCCUAUCGCCAUAUUACAGAAAUUCUCUUACCUGAUAUCCUCCCUGGAAUACGAUACAUUUAGUAGAUUCGACUAUAUGUAAAGCUUGGAUAAUUUCUACAGAAUGCAAAGUGGUUAAGAUGAGUAAGUUAUUGUACAUGAAAAUUCAAGC